AUGAACAAAACCAAGCACCCUAGACCGGCUUCACAUGGCUUUCGCCCUGGGAAGCUGGUGAUCGUCGGGUCGGGGAUUCGAAGCAUCUCGCAGUUUACCCUGGAAGCCGUGGCUCAUAUCGAGCACGCGGAUAAGGUGUUUUACUGUGUAGCAGACCCCGGGACCGAUGCCUUCAUCGAACGCCACAACAAGAACGCCGUCGACCUCUACAACUUGUACGACGAUGGCAAGCCGCGCAAUCAAACGUACACUCAGAUGGCAGAGACCAUACUUCGCGAGGUGCGCAAGGGCUUCUACGUAGUCGGGGUCUUCUACGGACACCCAGGCGUCUUCGUGAAUCCUUCGCACCGUGCGGCAAGAAUUGCCAUUAGAGAGGGCUAUGAUGCCACCAUGCUGCCUGGCGUGUCCGCAGAGGACUGUCUCUAUGCCGACCUCCUCAUUGACCCCUCUCGUCCAGGAUGCCAAACCCUAGAGGCAACGGAUGUGCUCUUGCGGAAACGCCCCAUUGCAAAGGACUGCCACGUCAUCAUCUUCCAGGUGGGCGCGGUCGGCGACCUGGGCUUCAACUUCAAAGGUUUCAAGAACACCAAAUUCCAAGUUCUCGUCCGGCGCCUGUGGGAGAUCUAUGGUCCUGACCACACUGUGGUGCACUACGUGGCAUCCCAGCUGACGUUUGCCUCCCCGAUCAAAGAUCGACUUACGAUCAAGGACUUGGAGAAGCCGCAGGUGGCCAAGAGUAUCACCGGCAUCUCCACCUUCUAUCUGCCACCUAAGGUACUACUACAGCCGGACGAGGCAGUAGCCAAGUCUCUCGGGCUAAUCACGAGGCCGACGACCAGUGCCUCUUUCGGCCCCUUUCCUAUCGAUGAGCCCUACGGCCCACGCGAGAUAGCGGCCGUCAAGGCCCUCGACAGCCACAAGCAACCUGUUAAUUAUAAUAAGACCCGAGCAUCACCAGCCAUGUAUCAAGCCCUCGAAUCGCUGGCUCUGAAUCCGAAGGAGGUCUCCAAGUUCCGCUCCUCAAGAGAGAAAUUCAUCGCACGUAUCGACGGCCUCACAAAGUCGGAAGAGAAGGCUCUUCGGUAUGGCAGCACCGGGCUGAUCCGCCUAGCCCUGAAGAGCUCGGUGGAUGAAAUCGCGACGCAGUUCGUCCAGGCGGAGUUCCGCGACCCCAAGUUGGCUACACAAUACGCGCAGGUUCUGAAGGAAAACAGCGACAAACUCGAUGGCUUCGAUAGGAUUACCGAGUGGCUGCAGGGCCAAGGCUACGACACAACCCCGCAGGCAAUCGGGGACGCCUACCAGCGGGAGCUGGCACGCAAUUUGGACAGCUACGACGGGAAGUAUGUCACUAAUGUGGAUGGCAAAGCCGGACCGCAGAUUCUUAUUCAGGGCGGAGUCGUCAAGGUUGACGGCGUCUCGAUCGAGGAUUUCACGUAUACCUCAAGCCAGCUGAGCUGGGAAGCUGACGAUAAAAUCCCCUCGUCUGCCAUGCUUCACUUCCAGCUGCUUACCAACGACGAUGGCAAGCCCUUGGCCGCCGACGCGUACAUCGGUCCACAGUUCUACGGCCUGUACUGGCUUAAAGGCGCCUCGAAGCCUACAAAGAAUAACACCCUUGGCAAGACUGGAGAAAUAUCGCCGCCUGGCCCAACGCCCCCAGCCAAGCCAACGCCGAUUUCCAAUUGGAAGGAUACCUACCAUACCUAUCUUAAAUCCUCCUCGGGCACCUGGUCCAAGGCCGGAAACGUAGCGAUUACCGGGGACGACCUCAACCCGACGGUGACGUACAACGGCACGACGAUCAAGAACUACACGUACCAGGACGAGACGAUCAGCUGGUCGUCGGCCGACGGCAACGCGAACAGCGUCUGCCUCUCGUUCUACUACAACGCGGCGUCGACCGACAAGAACCCGACGACCGGGAACCAGUUCUCGGGGAAGUUUUGGAAGAGGGACCAGUCGACGCCCGCCGCGGCCAACUUCUUCGGCCAGAUCGGGAACUCGGACUCGCCGGACACGGCGUCGGCGGACGCGGCGACGGCGGCGAUGUGGAAGGCGCUGGCCAGCAACCUAGCGGUCGGCAUCGCGACGUUCGUGCUGGGCGACUUGGUGGUCAAGUCCAUCAACGCGCUGAUCAAGUGGUUCAACAACCCCACGUCGGAGAACCAAGAGGCGCUGGAGAAGGCCCGCGAGGACGUCGAGAGCGGCACGGCCGAGCAGGAGGCCGUGGAGGCCGAAGGCUCGGAGCUGAACCCAAGCGGAGAAGUUGUCGAGCCCGGUGAGAUACCCGCGCAGACCUCGGAAGCUGCAGAGGCCGCGGAGGCCGCAGAAGCUGCAGAAGCUGCAGAAGCUGCAGAAGCUGCUGAAGCUGCUGAAGCCGCAGAAGCUGCUGAAGCCGCAGAGGCUGCCGAGGUUGCCGAGGUUGCCGAGGUUGCGGAAGUGGCAGAAGUCGUUGCAGAAGUUGUAGAAGUUGUAGAAGUUGUAGAAGUUGUUGACGUUGUUGUUGAAGUUAUCAUCUAA